AUGGAAGACAUUUCUUAUUCAUUUUAUCAUAUUGAAGAACCGUUUGAAGAAAAUGAAGUGAUCGAACCUGUAUUUAUUAAAGAAGAAAUAAUAGAAGAAAAGGGGGAAGAGAAUGAACAAUUGUUGACGAACAAUUACAAAAAUAUUAAAUUUGAACAAUUACAUUCUGAACUAAUUAUUAAGCAAGAUGAAAAUGAUUUAGAAUAUUUUCGAAAUGACAAUGCAAACAAACUUUUUCCAUGCAGUGGCUGUGACAAAACAUUUAAAACUAAAAUAAGUCUAAUUUUACAUCGACGAAUUCACACUAGAGGGAAAUCUUUUUCAUGUGAAGAUUGUGAUAAAUCAUUUACUUCGACAGGCAAUUUAACUAUCCACAAACGAAUUCACACCGGAGAAAAACCUUUUUCAUGUGAAGAUUGUGAUAAAUCAUUUACUUCGAAAGGCAGUUUAAUUGUCCACAAACGAAUUCACACAGGAGAAAAACCUUUUUCUUGUGAAGAUUGUGAUAAAACAUUUUCUCAGAAAAUCUGUUUAACUGAACAUAAACGAGUUCACACGGGAGAAAAACCUUUUUCUUGUGAAUAUUGUGAUAAAUUAUUUACUUUGACAGGCCAUUUAAUUCGACACAAACGAAUUCACACAGGAGAAAAACCUUUUUCUUGUGAAGAUUGUGAUAAAACAUUUUCUCAGAAAAUCUAUUUAACUGAACAUAAACGAAUUCACACGGGAGAAAAACCUUUUUCUUGUGAAGAUUGUGAUAAAACAUUUACUCGGAGAAGCAAUUUAUUUGUACACAAACGAAUUCACAUUAAAGAUAAACCUUUUGCAUGUGAAUUUUGUGAUAAAAUAUAUGGUUGGAAAAACGAUUUAAUUCGACACAAACGAACUCACAUCGGAGAAAAACCUUUUUCUUGUGAUGAUUGUGAUAAAUCAUUUACCCAGCAAUCCAGUUUUAUUCUACACAAACGAACUCACACCGGAGAAAAACCUUUUUCUUGUGACGAUUGUGAGAAAUCAUUUAUCCAUCAAACCAGUUUAAAUCGACACAAACGAACUCACACCGGAGAAAAAUCUUUUUCUUGUGACGAUUGUGAUAAAUCAUUUACCCAUCAAACCAGUUUCAAUCGACACAAACGAACUCACACCGGAGAAAAACCUUUUUCAUGUGAAGAUUGUGAUAAAACAUUUACUUCGAAAGGCAAUUUAAUUCUACACAAACGAACUCACACCGGAGAAAAACGUUUUUCUUGUGAAGAUUGUGGUAAAACAUUUACUUCGACAGGCUAUUUAAUUAUGCACAAACGAAUUCACACAGGAGAAAAACCUUUUUCUUGUGAAGAUUGUGAUAAAUCAUUUACUUCGAAAGGCAAUUUAAUUAUGCACAAACGAAUUCACACCGGAGAAAAACCUUUUUCUUGUGAAGAUUGUGAUAAAACAUUUGCUUGGAAAAGCUAUUUAACUGAACAUAAACGAGUUCACACUGGAGAAAAACCUUUUUCUUGUGACGAUUGUGAUAAAUCAUUUACCCAGCAAUCCAGUUUAAUUCUACACAAACGAACUCACACCGGAGAAAAACCUUUUUCUUGUGACAAUUGUGAUAAAUCAUUUACCCAUCAAACCAGUUUAAAUCGACACAAACGAAUUAAACACUCAGCUUAGAAGAAAUCCAAAUUUUAUAUGAAGAUAAUACUGUAGGAAAUAAAGCAUUUGACCAAGGUGUAAACUCCUCGUCAGUAGAUUUAUAUGGGAGCUGGUGGAAAAUGUUUGCCUGAGUGUACUUUAAAAAGUCAUAUACAUGCGAACUUGUGCUUUUUCGAUUUACUCCCAUAGGGUGGGAAAGAAGCACCCUACUUCCGGACAACACAUUCUCUUUACUUUACAUUAUAUUGUAUAAAAUAAAAAACUUGUAUAAAAUAAAAAACAAAAAACUA